CCCUAAGGUAUACUCUGAUUGAUUAAUAAUGUACAUGAUUACCUCAACUCGAGUGUGAUAAACAAUAGAUGUCAAAAUCUACUAUUCUUAUGACAGUGUUCAAUCAAUCAUUUCCAUUAUUGCUCAAACUUCUCCCCCCGUUGAUUGCCUCACCUUUUUUGAUUAAUUUAUUCCCUACCGGACACCCCCGGGCGGAUUGAUUGAUUGAUAAUGAAUGAUAGAAUAUGUUGAUAAAGACACAUGUAGACAAUUUUCGCACAAUUCAUCGGACAUUUAUACAGACAACAUAUGUUAUCUAGAUUUGGUGACAUUUGAUAAUACAUUAUAUUGGAUACAAUCAAAUGAUAGUAUAUUAUCUAGAUUUGAUAGCGAAUUCAUGGAGUACAAGUUAAACUAAUUCACACUGGGAGUUAUAUAGCUUUAAACCAACGUACACAAUUAAGACAGUUGACUUUUAUUUAUUUCUACGCGAGGAAAAAACAGUAUGAAUUUAUAAUUUUGAUUGAAACGAAGCUUUGCACAGAAUAGUUUGGACUUGAGACAGUUUAAAAGAUGGAAACUCAAAGAAAAAUAAAACACGAGGACCGCUUAUCUGUUCCAGAUGUGAAGCCGGAAUUGGAUAUGAACCAGUCACAAGUCGAUUAUAACAGAUUAUAUGGUGAUUUAUGUAGAAAACUGCUAAGCACACCAGUCGGGGAAAUAUUCCCAGAAGUUAUUACCGGAGGUAUGUCAAAGCAGACGAUAAGUUCUAGCGGAAAUACAUCGCCAAACAGCAUACAUCCGGCGUUCCCAGCGUUCAGUACGAUGUCUUCAACACCACUGAGCUACAUGCCCGCUAUUUACAGUCCCGACCAGCUUCUGAUGAUGGCAGGAGGGCAUCCGCAUGGUUUAAAUAUAGCUGACAGCGGUCUUUCAAAUCCUCCGCUUGGUGGCACUUCCAGCAAAAAUGGCUUCGUAGAAAUGACAAAAAAUCCACCCAUUAGUCCGGGAAGUGACGUAUCGGUUGAUAAUAUGGAAAACGUUGACGUCCAAAAGUUGGUGGAUGAGUUCAGAGUGACGUUGGAACGAUUUGGCGUGUCACAGCGCUUUGCUGCCCGUUUUAUCAUGCAAGAUACCAGUCAAGGCAAUCUGAGCUUUCUCAUGGAAAAGGGGCGUAACAAAAAAUGGGAAGAGUUGUCCCCUCGCGGAAGGUUACCUUACAUCAAAAUGAAGGCGUGGUUAGAGAGUAAGGAACAGCAAAUGGCGACGUUAGAGAUGUUGAAAUAUUCUCAAGAAUCAAAGAAGAACAGUACACGUGAGUCCUACAACAGGCGGGAAAGAUUUUCAAUGUUCCAGCUAAACGUGCUGUGUCGUUUGUUCGAAGAAAAUUCAAAUCCACCCAUGAACAUCCGGAACGCUGUAGCAAUGCGUUUGGGCAUUCCUCUGGAUAGAGUAAACGUUUGGUUCCAGAAUCAACGCGCACGAGGAUUUCCGGCUCGAAAAGUUCUACAGCAAAGUUUGUAUGAAAACGAAGGCGACCCUUAUCUUGCAAUCGAUGUUGAAAAUAUGAAAGAUAAAAUCAACGAAGCAAAUUUUAUUCCGCAAAAUCUCCCUGUAAAUAUGGUGAACAUGGACAGUCCGACAUACAGGAAAAGUUCCGAACAAGGUUUGUGUAAGAAACCAUCACCAAAACCAAAUGUUUAUGGUUCACCGAUUCAGACUGGUUUGAUGCCUUCAAUAAAGUCAGAACCAAACGAAACCGUACUUCCGCUGGACCUAUCGUCAUCAUCAUUUAGCGAUAAAAGUCUAUCAACAGUAGCUAACAGUCCUUCUGCAAUCGCUCAAUCCUCGCACAACAGUUCAGAAAUUUCAGAUUUCGAUAGAAAUAAAAUCACUACACACCAGUUAGAAUAUCAGACCAAUACUGUUGUGAAGAGUGGAACUUCCGGUGCUGCAAAACGAAAACGAGGCUCAAAACCUCAGCAGAUCAUUCCGAUGUACAAAAAGGAAACGUACACAAACAAUGACAGUGAAAAAUUAAAUGAAAGUAAACGAAGAAAAGUUUCAGAUGUUGUAUCACCCGAAUCUAAAUACACCUACCUCUUGGAUACAUCUGAUAUCGAACCCGACAAUCUUUCUCAAAAUAGCUACCAGUCAAAUGGAUACGACUACGUCAUCAAAAGUGAAACAAAUACGAAUGGAAAUAGCGUUAAUACCAGUCCGGAAAAUACGAAAUUAUAUCAGUUUAAUGAAAAUAGUUUAGGAGAAUCGUCACAUAUUGAGCAAAAACAGUAUAAAGAAUCAGAAACUAACAGUGGUGCUAAUAAUUAUACAAUAAACACAAAGGACUUUAAAUCAACCAAAACGGAAUCAUUGAACCCAAAGUCAAUUGAACUAUUCAAGGCAAUGUGUGCAAGUCUUGCUGUAAAAGACCAACGUAAGAGUGAUACAAAUCUCAACGAACCAGAAUUAGAUUAAAAUGUUGAACAUUACUAAGUCAUGAUAUCAUGUUGAAAAAUAAUCGUGUAUAAUAUAUACAGCUAAUUACUUAUGCAUUUUUUGUCUUGUACAUGGUACUAAUGCAUGCUCAUUGUGUCGAACUAAAUGAUGAUAUUUAUUGUCUUGAUUUCAGCUUUUAACUAUAAAAUUUGUUACGUUAUUUUAUAUAAAACGGGUAAAUAUAUUGUCUAUUUUACAGUUAUUUAAAUUUGUAUCGAUGGAUGGUGGUUUCUAAUGCGACUUAUCCGAUAAAAGAUUACACUAAUAUAUUUAUUUAUUCCAAACCUUUUUGUGUUUUGGGAGUUUUAGGCAUAUACUUACAUAUUUCGUUUCAUUUCUUAUUACAAAAAAAUGACUAUAUUUCUGUUCACUUCUUAUUACAAAUAUGGUUGCCAUCAAGCGACGUGUCUUCUUAUUUAGAGGUAAAUAUCCCGUUGCAUCGACGACGGCUAGCACUGGAGUUUUACCCCAGCCUCUGCUAACCGAUUUAUCAUAUACAAUAUAGGGUAAAUAUAUUUUCAACGUUGCAUUGUUUAUAUGACGUCCACCGCAUGAUGUCAUUUUAACAUUUUAAAUCAUUAUUUUUUCGUUAAGACGGUUUAUAUAUAUAUAGACAACUACGGAAAUGUAAUGUGUAAGAAGUCUUUAUGUAAGCAAAUCGUUGAUAAAACAUGACUUUCUCAUUUAUCUAAAGUGAAAAUAACGUAACCCAAUUAGGAGAGGUCACAGUUGGAACCACUGUAUUAUUUGUAUAAUGACUAACAUUUCUGUGAUCAUAGAUAGUAAUAAAAUUAUUUU